UGGCAGCAACAACCAAUGGCGUGGUUGUUGCCAUGGGAGGUGCGGCCUGCCGUGCUCAUUAGGGCCCCGCCCGCCGGGGCUCCACCGGCCGGGGCGGGCCUGCCGGGUGGGGGGCGGGACGCCAGGGUCCCUGGGGGCGGGUGGCCACGCGGGGCGGGGCUGGGCCGUAGGGCGAGGGUUAACCCGCCCCUCCCCCGUCCACCUGCUGUCCCCUUCCCCCGCGUGCCCCGGUCUGACCCUCGUCCCCUCCUCUCCCCGCCCCCCUGGCGGCGGCGGUGGCGGCGGCUGCUGUUGUCACCCACCGGGCCGCCUGUCCCGCUUGCCCUCACCGCCGCGGGGCUGGCCAGGCCGGCCGGGCCGGGGACAGGCGGCCACCUUCUCAUCGCCGCCGCCACCGCCAUGCUGGCCGUUCGCCCACCGCACUGGGGGCCCCAUCGCUCCCCAGCCCCCCGUGGGCCCGGCGCCAGCCCUGACCCGGGUCUCAGCGGCGGUGGCAGCCGAGGUGCAGAAUGCGAGAAGGCGCCCCCCAGCCGGGCUCCCGCUCCAGGCCUCACACCCUUGCGGCCCUCUGAGCCCACCAUGGCCGUCCCACCAGGCCAUGGUACCUUCUCUGGCUUUCCAGGGCCCCAGGAACACACACAGGUCUUGCCUGAUGUGCGGCUACUGCCUCGGAGACUGCCCCUGGCCUUCCGGGAUGCAACCUCAGCCCCGCUGCGCAAGCUCUCCGUGGACCUCAUCAAGACGUACAAACACAUCAAUGAGGUAUACUAUGCGAAGAAGAAGCGGAGGGCCCAACAGGCGCCACCCCAGGACUCAAGCACCAAAAAGGAGAAGAAGGUCCUGAACCACGGUUAUGACGACGACAACCACGACUACAUUGUGCGCAGUGGCGAGCGCUGGCUAGAGCGCUACGAGAUUGACUCUCUUAUUGGCAAAGGCUCCUUUGGCCAGGUGGUGAAAGCCUAUGAUCACCAGACCCAAGAGCUGGUGGCCAUCAAGAUCAUCAAGAACAAAAAGGCCUUCCUGAACCAGGCCCAGAUUGAGCUGCGGUUGCUGGAGCUGAUGAACCAGCAUGACACAGAGAUGAAGUAUUACAUAGUGCACCUGAAGCGGCACUUCAUGUUCCGGAAUCAUCUGUGCCUGGUGUUUGAGCUGCUGUCCUACAACCUGUACGACCUCCUGCGAAACACACACUUCCGCGGUGUCUCACUGAACCUGACUCGGAAGCUGGCGCAGCAGCUCUGCACAGCGCUGCUCUUCCUGGCCACGCCCGAGCUCAGCAUCAUCCACUGCGACCUCAAGCCUGAGAACAUCCUGCUCUGCAAUCCUAAGCGCAGUGCCAUCAAGAUCGUGGACUUUGGCAGCUCCUGUCAGCUUGGCCAGCGGAUCUACCAGUAUAUCCAGAGCCGCUUCUACCGCUCACCCGAGGUGCUCCUGGGCACACCCUAUGACCUGGCCAUCGACAUGUGGUCCCUGGGCUGCAUCCUUGUGGAGAUGCACACCGGAGAGCCCCUCUUCAGCGGCUCCAAUGAGGUGGACCAGAUGAGCCGCAUUGUCGAGGUGUUGGGCAUCCCGCCCGCGCCCAUGUUGGAACAGGCACCCAAGGCUCGCAAGUACUUUGAGCGGCUGCCUGGGGGUGGCUGGACCCUACGAAGGACAAAGGAACUCAGGAAGGAUUACCAGGGCCCCGGGACACGGCGGCUGCAGGAGGUGCUGGGCGUGCAGACGGGCGGGCCCGGGGGCCGGCGGGCGGGGGAGCCGGGCCACAGCCCCGCCGACUACCUCCGCUUCCAGGACCUGGUGCUGCGCAUGCUGGAGUAUGAGCCCGCCGCCCGCAUCAGCCCGCUGGGCGCUCUGCAGCACGGCUUCUUCCGCCGCACGGCCGACGAGGCCACCAACACGGGCCCGGCAGGCAGCAGUGCCUCCACCUCGCCCGCACCCCUCGACACCUGCCCCUCCUCUAGCACCGCCAGCUCCAUCUCCAGCUCUGGAGGCUCCAGUGGCUCCUCCAGUGACAACAGGGCCUACCGCUACAGCAACCGAUAUUGUGGGGGACCUGGGCCCCCCAUCACCGACUGUGAGAUGAACAGCCCCCAGGUUAUACCCUCCCAGCCUCUGCGCCCCUGGGCAGGGGGUGAUGUGCCCCACAAGACACAUCAAGCCCCUACCUCUGCCUCGACAUUGUCAGGGACUGGGGCCCAGUUACCCCCCCAACCCCGAUGCCUUGGACGUCCCCCAUCACCAACAUCACCACCACCCCCGGAGCUGAUGGAUGUGAGCCUGGUGGGCAGCCCUCCAGACUGCUCCCCACCUCAUCCAGCGCCUGCCCCCCAGCACCCGGCUGCCUCAGCACUCCGGACUCGGAUGACGGGAGGUCGACCGCCUCUCCCACCCCCUGAUGACCCUGCCACUCUGGGGCCUCGCCUGGGCCUUCAUGGUGUGCCCCAGAGCACAGCAGCCAGCUCAUGACCCUGCCCCCUCCCUGGGGCCCCUCCUGAAGCCAUACCCCCCCAUCUGGGGGCCCUGGGCUCCCAUCCUCAUCUCUCCCCUUGACUGGACUUGCUGCUACCCAGCUGGGGUGGGUGAGGCCUGCACUGAUUGGGGCCCAGGGCAGGGGGUCAAGGGAGAGGGGUUUUGGCCACACCCUCCCCGCUAAGACUGGACCCUUGGCCCCCUCUCCCCUUGUUUUCUAUUUAUUGUACCAAAGACAGUGGUGGUCCGGUAGAGGGGAGAUCCCCCUCACCCCAGGACCCUAGGAGGGGUGGGGGCAGGUAGGGGGAGAUGGCCUUGCUCCUCCUUGCUGUACCCCAGUAAAGAGCUUUCUCACA